AUGCUGUACNGGAGUUUUUCCUCCAACGCUAUUCACCAGCUCCUCGCUCAUCUUGCCCCUUACCUUGAUAUCGCCCUCAAUUCCUCUCGCGUGGAAGAGUAUAUGGCUCAACUGCCGAAUCAUAUAGUACCGCGAGUGAACUCGAGUGGUGAAAAGCAUCGUGAAAAGCAAUUGCUCACUCAACUACCGCGACAGGAUCUGUCCGUUGCCUAUUGUAGGCAUUUGGGCAGCAACACAGAACGAAAGGUUUACGAAGAGUUCAUCAAUGCUCGAAAUGAAAUCGCCCUCGAUAUCGGCUAUGUGGCGGCGAAUAUUCCAAAGAGCAUGGAAUGCCACAAGUGCUCAGGAGUGUUGGAACGGAACGAAAUGGCUGUCAUAGCUCCGAAGCUGGGCGAUUCAACCGGCUGGCAUCCCGCCUGUUUCACCUGCGCCACUUGCGAACAGCUUCUUGUCGAUCUGACCUACUGUGUGAAGGACGAUCAGAUCUACUGCGAACGGCACUACGCAGAAUUGCACAAACCACGAUGCGCGGCUUGCGAUGAGGUACGAUACUCACUAUUGGAAUCAAAAUCGCUGAGGGAUCUGGUCUGUGAUUAA